UUGAAACCAACUUGAAACUUUGCAGUUGGCUCAGAACCCUAUGACAUUGCAACAUAUUCAAGCCGAUUCUGUACAGAAACUCCCUGGAAGUUUUCUGUCUUUUCCCUUUCCUUCUAUCAUCCCUGAGAAUUUUUUAUAUUAAAUGACGGAGUUGAGUCAAAAAAGUGUCAAAUAGCUUUUACGAAGUUUGAUUUCCCUCCCAAAUUUUCGGGGAAGAUACUACUCCCUGGGGGUUAAUUAUUAGAGGAACUCUUUCGGGAGUAUUAAGAGUUAGGCUGAUAUAGUAAACCAGUAUUUCUGGUCCGAUUUAGUUUAUAUUUAGAAAGCUUGCUUUAAAAAUAUUUGUUUUUACUAUUAACUUAUUUCUUUGAAAUUUAUGUUCGCAAUUUUCACAUUUCAUAAAUUAAACUACAUAAUACAAAAAAAAAAAUCAAUUUUAAUAUAAAUUAUGCAGUGCCUCGAUUCGGAUAACAAUUACUCUCAGUAUAAUUUAUUCACCAAUAAGAUAGCUGAAGAAUGCCGCGAGCUUGUCGAUUCCAAGCCACCAUUUCCGCCAUGUGAUAGGCCUAGUCGAAAGCCACCAACGCUUGACACUUUUUGCAACCACAAAAUAAAUAUUCAAUACAAAUACCAAGCAAACGGCAAAGACGGAAACCCACAGCCAUGUGGAUUGUGUAUAAAGAUAGAUGACAAUGGCAAAAAGCAAGUGCCUUGUCCGCCUUGUAUAAAAAAGGAGAUGACACGCGAAGAGAAGUUAGCAGAAGCCAUUAAGUGUAUUUCAAGUCCUCUUCCUAGAUGGUUUAACGAACAGAAGCGUUGCGACCAUAAGGGCGUUUGUUGCCGUAUGUUAGGGCCACGAUCGUGUGCUGAACCGGAAUUAUCUUCCAAAAUCGAUAAAUUCGCUAUAAGUUACCCGUCAAAUAAACAAGCUUUACGCACCGAGCUGCAUAAAAACCCCAGUUGUAAGCCGAACUUUCGUUGUCAAGGCACUGUAAACGAUGGUAAUUAUCAUACAUUCAAGCCAAACUAUAGAGAUCAACCUCUGACUGAAAAGUUCUAUUCCAUUUAUGAACAUUUGGAACACAUAGACACACCAGAGGUUAGACAUUAUGAAGACGAAUUAGAUAAAGUUAUAAAGUAUUAUCCCAGAAAUAUUUUUUGUGUUCCACGAUACACAAACCAAUAUUAUGGCUGGAUCGAUAGCAAGAAAACCCAAAAUUUGGAAUUUUGCGACGCAAGUCGGGUGAAUAAUCCAAGAGUGCUACAAAAUUUAAGGUCGCUAAAGAACAGGCGUUUCGACCCUGUUCAAUUACAAUAUUGCCUUUGCCAUGAUAGGAUGAAACAAAUGGAUCAUUGGAAAAUAGUUUAAACAAAAAUGCGAAAAAAGAUUAAAAGUAAAUUUUUAUUGUAAUUACAGCCAAACAAGAAAAAUAAACUUAAAAAAAAGCUUUUUUUUAAGUUUACAAUUGUAAACAUUAAAUGGUCAAAUAAUAAUAAGGUGUUGUCACUUAGGGGGUCGUUGUUGUAAUUUUGGGAAUGUCGGCAUACCAGUGUUACAGACACUCUAUUCAUUCCAAUUUCAUUUCUGGGAAAAAUGGAACAACAAAUGUAGCAGACAAUUUUGUGAAAAAAGUAUUUUGUAAAAAAAGUGUAUUUCACCAUGAUUA